AAAACUAAUUUCAUUUCGUAGUUGAAUUUAUAUUUUGCGUGUUAAUACUUAAAUAAGACAUGUAUAAGCCAAUUGUACCAAUUGAUCAAAAUUUAAGUAAAUAUUUGUUAACAUACAAAUCUCUGCCAACAUUGAGGGUGGCUUUUGGGGAAUCGAAAUCUGAAUUUUAUAAUCCUCCGCCAUGUAAGGCUAAAGGCAUACCCAUCUGUGAGCCAGAGAAGGAAGAGGUAGCAGAUGUAAAAGUGAUAUCCACAUAUUUCGAAUUACCUCGUGUAAAAAAAGCAAAACUGUUCCAAUGUCCUCAAUCAGAUUCCAUAGAACUUAUUGAAGCUAUAAGCGAAGAGUCAGAAAUUCCUGCCACUCUCGAUGAAGAGCUACAAAUUGAUGAUAUUCAAAAUGAAGUGGAUCGCAUGAAGUUAAAAGUCUCACAAAUAAAUCUAUUGUUGGGUCUGAACACACCCGAAUGUCCCAGUAUAGAUCCCUGUUUAGAUGUGGAUACCGAAUUGAAGAAGCAUUUAAUCAGUCCUGAGAUCCUAAAUUUGCAGCGCAAUAAUCAAAAACUCCAGCAGCAAAUAAGUCAACUACAACUUUGCCGCAAGGCAUCCGAUCUUAGCAUGAAUAAUCUGACAGAAAGUAUCUCUGCUGAUCGGGCAGCAGCUGGCAAUUUAAAGAAGCGACUUGGUGAAUUGGACUCGUUAAAGCGCACUUUGGAGCACGAACAAGCCUUGUGUGGCCAACGAUAUCGAUACAUGGAAAAGGACAAGUAUGAUGGCUCCGACCUGCAUCCACUUUUUGCCAGUGCUAAUGUUAAUAUCAAGAGAGUGAUUUCAAAGCUAGUACCCACAAGAGAAUAUGAGAAGCAAAAAGUUCAGGAAAUUAAAAAGAUUCAAUAUUUGAAUGAACAAUGUAGAAAAUUGUUUGACUACAUGUUGGAAUCCUUUGACAAAUUGGAUGCGAAAACUGGUGUAAGUUCACGUAUGCAAUCACCUGAACUACCCACAUACUUGUAUCGCAAUGAAAAGACUUUUAAUGUACCACGAAAUUCAGAAGAGAGUCAGCCAGAGGGGAGGACAUCGAUAGAAAAGUAACAACAAAGAGAAAUCUGUACAAAAAUUGUUCAAUUUGUCAUGGCGACCUUUCGAUUUAAAGUUCAUUUGCAUAUAUUUCGGAAUCGCCUUGAUUAUGCCGAACGUUCCUGUAGCGACGACCUCUGGCCAAGCUGCUAUUCACAUUCACGUGGCAGCAGCUGCUCCAAAUGAGGUCAAUUUCGGUUGUCCCACAAAAAGACUGAAAGAGCAUAUAACAGAAAAGUAAAGUUGAACACAUUUUUUCAUCUAGUUGGCCGGUUCUAACAAGAUUCCAUUUUAUGCGAAUAAAAACAAAAUGAAAGUCAA